UAGUGUAAGGAACUAACUAAUUAAAGUUUAAAAAGAAAAAAUUAAAUAAAAGAAUAUAAAAAUAUUUAAAAAUUUAUUGGUUAGUUUGAAAAAAAAAAAGUAAAAAAAGUUGAUAAAUAGAAAAUUUUUGCAUUUAUUUGUAUGCAAUUUACUUGUGAUUAAAAACAAAAAUUAAGGAUAUUAAGGAUAAUACUCAAGUUAUAAUAUAAAGAAAAAAAAAACAUAGAAAAUUUAAAAUAAUUUUAAUUGUUUUUUUUUUGUGAUUUUAAACUUAUAAUUUAACAAAAUAAACAUAAUUAUAAAAAUGAUUGUUAAUAGUAAAAUUGGUUUUAAAAAUAUUUAUGGAUUUUUAUUCCUAAUAAUUGGAUUAAAUUCAUGUGGUAUAAUAAAUUCAGCAGAAUUGCAAAGACGUUUUCCAAAUGACUUCCGAUGGGGUGUUGGAUCAUCCUCAUAUCAAAUUGAAGGUGGAUUCAAUGAAGAUGGAAAAGGUGCAUCAAUAUGGGAUUAUAUGUCACAUACAUAUCCAGAAAAAAUUGCUGAUAAAAGUAAUGGUGAUAUUUCAGCAUAUAGUUACAAAUAUUGGCGAAAUGAUAUUAAAAUGGUACGUGAUUUAAAUGUUGAUAUUUAUCGAUUUUCAAUAUCUUGGCCAAGAAUUUUACCAACUGGUUUUACAAAUGUAAUUAAUGAAAAAGGAAUACAAUAUUAUAAUAAUAUUAUUGAUGGUUUAUUAUAUUACAAUAUAACACCGAUGGUAACAAUUUAUCAUUGGGAAAUGCCUCAACGUUUACAAGAAUUAGGUGGAUGGACAAAUCCAGAAAUAAUUGAACCAUUUAAAGAUUAUUCAAGAAUUUUAUUUGAACGUUUUGGAGAUCGUGUCAAGAUCUGGACAACAAUUAAUGAACCAUGGCAUGUUUGUGAACAUGGUUAUGGUGUUGAUUAUAUGGCACCAGCCUUAGAAUAUCCAGGAAUUCCAUCAUAUUUAUGUGGGCAUAAUGUUUUAAAAGCUCAUGCAGAUGUUGUUCAUAUGUACAGAAAUGAUUUCCAAGAGAGACAAAAUGGUAAAAUUGGUAUAACAUUAGAUGUUUCUUGGCCCGAGCCAAAAACCGACUCUCCAUCAGAUCUCGAAGCUUCUGAGAUGGGUAUGCAAUUUUAUGUUGGUUGGUUUGGUCAUCCAAUAUUCUCGAAACGUGGAAAUUAUCCUCAAAUAAUGAUUGAUCGUAUUAAUGCAUUAAGUAAGGAACAAGGUUUUACAAAAUCAAGAUUACCACGUUUUACAGCUGAAGAAAUCCGUCAUAUACGUGGUACAUCAGAUUUCUUUGGUAUUAAUACAUAUACAUCAAAUUUAGUUACGAAAAAUGAUCAUAAUAAUACACUUGGUAAAUAUCCGAUACCAUCAUUUUUACAUGAUAUGGGUACCGUAGAAACUCAAGAUCCAUCAUGGAAAGGUUCCGGUUCAGUUUGGCUAAAAUUUUAUCCAGCUGGAAUGUAUAAAUUAUUAAUGUGGAUUAAAAAAGAAUACAAUAACCCUCCAAUAAUUGUUACUGAAAACGGUGUCAGCGAUAAAGGUGGAUUACAAGAUUACGAUCGUGUUGAUUAUUUUAAUUUAUACUUAACAGCUGUAUUAGAUGCAAUUGAAGAUGGUGCAAAUGUUAAAGGAUAUAUUGCAUGGAGUUUAAUGGAUAGCUAUGAAUGGAAAGCUGGUUAUACUGAGAAAUUUGGUCUUUAUCAUGUUGAUUUUACAUCACCAAAUCGUACAAGAACACCAAAAAUGUCAGCAAAGGUAUAUGCACAUAUUUGUGAAACAAAUAUGAUUGAUUGGUCAUACAGACCAAUUAUUAAACCGGAAGUUAUAGCUCAAGCUCAUAUGGAAGAUAAUAUGAUGCAAUCUAGUGCUAUUUCAAAUGUCAUCAAUUUUAAUAAUAGAUUAUCAUUCAUGGGAAUUUUAUUAUUAAUAAUAAUAAAUUUAGCCAUAUCAUCACAAUUAUUUUUAAGAUGAACUCACAAUAUAUAAUUUGUUUAAGAAUAAUUAAAAAUAUCAAAAAUUUAAUGAAAUGUGAUUUUAUUUAUAAAUUCUGUUCUCUUUUAUUAUAAAAAUGAACAAAAUAAAUAUAAAAUUAUUUUGUAAAAUUUCAUACUCAAUUAAUGAGGCUAAAAACAAAUUAAAUUCAUUAAAUUUUUUUUUAUAAAAAAUAUUGAGAAUUGAAUUUAUAAAUUAGGAAUAAAAAUUUUAUUGAAUUGUGUAUUAUAAUUGUAAAAUAUUAUAUAUACAUAUUAUAUAGUAUACUUUGCAAACAAUAAAUAAAUCAGUUCAUUUGGAAAAUUUAUUUUAUCAAAAAUAAUAUUAAUAUUAUUAUGAAACGGAUAUCUUGCCAAAGGUACUUAAUGAGAAAGGCAAAGAAGUAAUUGCUAAUUUAUAAAGAAUUUAAAUAAUAAAAUUUAAAUUAAAGAUUUAUUUGUAAUCCUAAAUAACAAUAAUAUUAACGUUAUUUUUUCAUUAUAAUUGAUUAAAUAUGAAAUAUAAAUGAAAUUUUAAAAUAAUAACUAAAUUGUAAUACCAUAGAGAAUUGAACUAAGUCAGCUUUUUUCAAAUAGUUUUGUGUACAUAUGAACAUAAAUAUGUAGUAACAAUAUUUUUGUAAAUAAUUUUGAAUGUUAUGAAUUUCUCACAUAUUAUGUAAUAAAUUAUGUAUGUAAUUAGAUUAAUACUAAAACUUACAUGUAGAAUAUUUUGUUUUGUAUAAAGAUUAUUAUUUUUUAAAAUAGCAUUUAGUAGCUAUUUGUAUGUAAUUUACUGUGUAGUAUUAGAAAAGGAAAUAUUGAAUAAUCACUCUGUUGUUAUACAUUUAUAAUAAAAAAAAUUAAAUUUUUUAAAUAUAAAAAAUUAGAAUAAUAAAAUUCAUAUACGCAUGUAAAUACAUUAAAAUAAU